CUAUUAACAGAUGAGCUUGGCGAACAAGUUUACAGACUUCUGUUUCAGAGCGGAGAGGAGCGGACCAGCCUUGAGCGGAGAGAGAACCCAGAAGCACCUGCAAACGCGUUUGCCUCUUUGGGCAAGAACUUUUUUUCUUUCCAUCUCUUAUGAGACCGGUCAGUACCUUUACCUCUUUGACUGCCGUCGUUGUUUUGUGAACUUUUUAUUUUUUUUUUAUUUUUCUUCUGCCUGUGAGCGAACACUAAAAAGCCGCCUGAAUGUAUAACAUGAUGGAAACCGAGAUCAAGACCCCGCUCCCGCAGUCCAACUCGGGCUCGGCGCCGGGUGCGAAGAACAACAGUGUCAGCGACCAGGAGCGGGUAAAGCGGCCGAUGAACGCCUUCAUGGUCUGGUCCCGGGGACAGCGGAGGAAGAUGGCACAAGAGAAUCCCAAAAUGCACAACUCUGAGAUCAGCAAGCGGCUUGGCGCUGACUGGAAACUUCUGACCGACGCUGAAAAGAGGCCAUUCAUCGACGAGGCCAAGCGUCUACGGGCUAUGCACAUGAAGGAGCAUCCGGAUUAUAAAUACCGUCCGCGCAGGAAGACCAAGACCCUGCUCAAGAAAGACAAGUAUUCUUUGCCCGGCGGGCUGCUGGCGCCAGGAGCCAAUACCGUCAACAACUCUGUGUCUGUGGGGCAGCGGAUGGAUGGUUACGCGCACAUGAACGGGUGGACAAACAGCGCGUACUCCCUCAUGCAGGACCAGCUGGCCUACCCUCAACACCACAGCAUGAACAGCCCGCAGAUCCAGCAGAUGCACCGGUACGAGAUGGCGGGCCUCCAGUACCCGAUGAUGUCCUCGGCGCAGACCUACAUGAACGCGGCGUCCACGUACAGCAUGUCUCCGGCGUACACGCAGCAGACCAGCAGCGCCAUGGGACUGAGCUCCAUGGCUUCCGUGUGCAAGACCGAGCCGAGCUCGCCUCCGCCGGCCAUCACGUCCCACUCUCAGAGGGCGUGUUUGGGGGACCUGAGGGAUAUGAUAAGCAUGUACCUGCCGCCCGGCGGGGACAGCGCGGAGCAUUCCUCCCUGCAGAGCAGCCGGUUACACAGCGUCCAUCCGCACUAUCAGACCGCAGGGACUGGCGUGAACGGGACUCUACCUCUCACCCACAUCUGAGAGCAACAAAAAAACAAACAAAAAAAAGAGACUUCAAACUUUUUUUAAAAAAAGUACUUCGGAUACUUGAACUUUUUGGUUGCUAAAAGAAACAGCGUUCAGCAGUUUUUUUUGUGUUCCAAACCGAUUUUAUCUCGUUUGAGUUGUCCAUUUAAAAAAAAAAAAUGAAUUUUUUAAAUGGAUCGAAAAUGAGCGUUGAGCCCAGCAGAGUAAACCGCAUCGCAAAGAGGCUUUUUAUCACAAGUAUAAGCAAUCAAGUCAUGUAGAAGAAUUGGACUUCUAUAUUUUAAAUAAUGCCAUAUUUUCUCUCUACGAAAAGGCAUGUGGGCCUCGUGAAGGGGCAGGUGUAUUUCAGAAAAGCUGGAUGGAAAGUUGGUUCAUAAAUGUUUACACUUAAUUUGUAGAAUGUCAGUUGUCUCGACUGUGUCCAAAUUUUUGUAGUCUUUUUGUCUCUCCCCCACCCCCCUCCUCAUAAACUAGGUUAAAUGAAAUAAAGACUGUGCGGGUCGCAAACGCAAGUUUUAUUUAUAGUAAGAUUUUUUUUCUUCCUUUUUAGCUUGUGAACCCGUUGUUUUUCACGUGAAAAUAUUCAGAUUUGUUUUUGUAAAAAUGUUCUGUUCUGUGAUGGUUUUGACAGUGUCAUGUUUACUCAUUCUCCUGAACGAAAAGGUUUAUUUAAACUGACGUUUCUACAUAUUUUAAGACCAUCCUCUAUUCUUAAAUGCUGAAUAAAUUUCUACGAAACGUGA